AUGACAAAGGCUUUUGAUCGAUGCUCACGCUGCACAUGCGAGCCAUCACAGCAUGUUCACUUGAUUUACUUCCCAUCUCAACUGCUCUACACCUCGUUCAAGCAUGCGCCGAACUGUCGCCAACAGGCGGUGUACUACAAGCUGUGGGCAUCCACCGCGGCCUGGACCCAGAGAAGCAACUAUGGCUGGUACCAGGUGGCUGCUCCGACGGCUGCUUGGUACAGCUUCGGCCUGCAGCUCAGCUGGUGGAGCGACGAGUGGAAAAAGGUCUUGACACUGGGCAUCUAUGAGCCAGAUACUGCAUUCAGAUUCAAGAUGGCAGAGGCGGUGUACUACAAGCUCUGGGCAUCCACCGCUGCAUGGACACAGCGCAGCAACUAUGGCUGGUAUCAGGUCUGGUCUCGCAUGGCCCCUUGGGGCGUCUUUGUCGCAGCCCCGACAGCUGCCUGGUACAGCUUUGGAUGGUGGAGUGAUGAAUGGAAAAAGGUCCUGACACUGGGCAUCUAUGAGCCAGGCUCCGACACAAUGUGGCUCGUGCGACUUCUGCUUGUUGCACUGCUCUCCUCGACGGAGGGAGCUCUCCUGAAAGGAAGAUUGCGCAGCAAAGCGCGCAGAUCGGCAGCCAGGGUGGGACACCACCAUGAGGCACUGCUCUUCAACAAGCAUGCAGUCAAGUCCAAGCGUGCACGCAGAGACAUGGGCGAGAUGUCCACCGAGAUCGUCCACAAGACGGCUUACUGGGGCUCCAUUCGAGUCGGCACACCAGCGCAGGAGUUCAAGGUGAUUUUCGACACCGGAAGCGGGAAUCUGAUCCUGCCCACCGCGAAGUGCACUUCGGACGGGUGCGCGCGGCACAAGAAGUACGUCCCGGAGCAGUCUUCGACCUCCAAGGAGGUGACAAACGAGAAUGGUGAGGGAUCGACAGAGAUCACCUUCGGCACCGGCUCCAUCACAGGUGACUUUUACGAGGAUCGCUUCUGCAUCGCAGAGUCCUUGUGCUCACAGGUGCGCUUCAUCGGCUCGGUCGAGCAGAGUGCCGCCCCUUUUUCCUCCACCCCCUUCGAUGGCAUCUUGGGCCUUGGCUUCAAGGAUCUGUCAAUGGGGCUGAACUUCAACAUUUUGGACGACAUGUAUCAGACAGGCUCCCUACCUGCCGGGCAAUUCUCGGUGUUCUUGACUGAGGAUGGCUCCAGCGAGAUUACCUUCGGUGGCUACAGGCCCGAGCAGUUGGCCUCAGAGGUGGUUUGGGCGCCAGUGACGCACGAGUCCUACUGGCAGGUGGCGGUUCAGGACAUCACAUUCGACAACACCGACACUGGUCUUUGUGGCAUUAUGGGGUGCCAGGUGGCCGUGGACACCGGCACCUCGAUGUUGGCUGGUCCGCCGGCCUUGGUCAACAGCCUGCAGGAGAGGGUCUCUGCCCGCGCGGACUGUUCCAAUUACGACAGUUUGCCAAACAUCGGCUUCAAGGUUGGCAACAAGAUCCUCAACUUGAAGCCGGAAGACUACAUGGACGGGCCGGGGUCGAGCCGCAGUCUGCGCCUGUCACUGUCAGUUUUCAGUUUCGGGGUUCGGCUACCUGCACAGCGGCAUGGCAUGCUUCCUGGUGGUCGUGAUGAAACGGACCCUCUCAAAACAACAUGCCAGACAGAUGCAGCUCCCCACGAUUGUCGUUUCUUGUCGGCUCAAGACAAGCCGUUUCCUGCAAGCUCCAAGCAGUAG